CAUCCCUUUUUCUUUUAUUCAUUUCCAAAGCGCGAAACAAAAAUCCACAUUUCCAAGCAAGAGGAAGCUUCCCAGUUCCCACUCCAUUUCCGGCCGUCGCAGAAUUUGAAACCCCAUUUUCCCUCACCUCCUACUGUGAUCCACACUUCUCCUCUCAAAAACCCAAGAAUCAGACAUCACAACAACGCCUAAUCGGAGCAGGAGAUUUUGAACCAGCAAUGAACACCGGUGAUUCUGCACUACUCGUGCCUCUGCCACAAUCGAUGGAAAGAUUGAUUCAACAAAUAUGUCUCGACCAAAACCAGGCACCGCUCGAGUUGGAGGCCAGGCGGAAGCUAGCUUCAGUUCCGGAACCAGUUGGUCUCAGCAUUCUAAAUCAUAUUGCGCAGACGAAGAUUAAGAAAACAUUCACUAGAUUUGUUAUCUGGAAAGUAGAUCACUACCACCUUUCCAACGGAGGCUCGCUGACAAAUCACCCUUCCCCCUCCAGUCACAGCCCCGUCACCAAACCCGUUCCGCUGAUGGAUUCCCAAGGCGGAGAUGACACUCCAGUUCAGCAGCAGCAGAGACACUACCUCCCUGCCAAUCCUUCACCACAAAGUCCUUUCGUCUCUCCACGGCAGCAACCCUCUCAAAAUCGCAGUACAGGAUCUCGUGUGUAUGCCCCAGAAGAGGGAACUACCUCUCCGGUUGGUGGGCAACAGAGAGGGUCUCCGCCCUCUCCGCCUAAGGUGACCUCAAUAGCAGAAAGGGAAGAGAGAUUCAGCCCACAAUUAGAGGCUCUAGGCGAGCUCGAAUUCCGGAAGGCCUUCCUAAUUCUGAAUUAUAUUGGAUCUAAUAAGUUGGAAGAUGUUACAUCGGCUGAUCAAAUUCGAAGUCUGAAAUAUUUGCGGAUGAUUGAUUUUGAGGAGACUGUAUGGAAUUCCUUAGGCCGAGUUAAUAUACCGGCAACUGACCGAUGCAAGUCUCUUGACUGGGAGUCAGGGAAGACUCAUUUGUACCAUUGUCAUGUCUCUGUGGAUGGGAAAUAUAAAUUCAAGGGUCCUUAUCUGGAUGGGACUAGAACUCAUUUACAGAGGGUUCUAGGGGAUGAUAAUGUUUUGAUGGUAAAGUUUGCAGAAGAUGACCUAGAUUCGAAAAACUUCGCAACCAAGGAUUAUUUUCCUUUGUACAGCAGGGUUGAAAGUGAAGGAAUCCCUGUUGGUUUACGCCUUUACCGCUUUUUUGUGUUCAAAGAUGGAGGCAAAGAAGCAAAAAAGAAGGAUCCAACUACCUCACAAGUUAGGUGCUUUUUUGUACGAAUGCAGUCUGGUGCAUUUGUCGACAAAAAUCAAGAUUAUGUUUUAUCAGGGAAAACAGUUCGUGAAGCUAGAAGCAUUUUUAUGCAUGUUGAUACUCUGCCGAAUUUGGCUAAGUAUAUGGCUAGAUUUUCACUUAUCUUAUCUAAGACUGUGAAGCUUGAAAUUGAUUUGGCAAAGGUAACUGUUAACAAAAUCGAUGACAUAUACUGCCAGGACAAGGAUGGUAAUUAUGUUCUUGAUAAAGAGGGAAAACGUUGUGUACACACUGAUGGAACAGGUUUUAUUUCUAAGGAUUUAGCUUUGAAAUGCCCCAAGAAUGUCAACCAUGGAAACUGCCCCAACAAUGAGAAUAUAGAGGAGAAGCUUCUUGACAUAAUGCAACCGGAUUCCCAUAACAUGGAACCACCUUUGCUGAUCCAGUUCCGUCUAUUUAACAAUGGUUCUGCUGUCAAGGGAACCUUGCUUGUCAAUAAUCAGCUCCCUGAGAAAACCAUUCAGAUUCGACGCUCAAUGAUUAAAGUUCAGGCAGAUGCCAAGUCAAGCACUUGCACAAAGAACUCAUUGGAAGUUGUUUCAACCAGCAAUCAACCAAGAAAAGCAUCUCUCUCAAAGAAUUUAAUUGCACUUCUUAGCUGUGGAGGGGUGCCGCAAGAAUUUUUCAUGGGCAUAUUGCAGAAUGCAUUGGAUGAUGCAAAGAGAAUUUUCUCCAGUAAACGUGCAGCACUUAAAGUUGCCCUUAACUGUGGUUGGAUGGAUGAUCUCAUUGCUGCAAGAAUGAUUUUAUCUGGGAUUCCCCUUAAUGAAUCACAUUUGCAAGAUCGUUUAUCCAUGAUGUCCACGGAAGAGAAGAAAAGCAUUAAAGGAGGGAAGCUCCCACUAAAUGACUGUUAUUAUUUAAUGGGUACAGCUGAUCCCACUGGAAUCCUGGAACCUGGUGAAGUGAGCGUUAUCUUGGAGAAUGGACAGAUUUCGGGAGAAGUACUUGUCUACCGUAAUCCUGGACUGCAUUGGGGAGAUACACAUAAGCUAAAAGCUAAAUACAUUGAAGAGUUGGAAGAUUUUGUUGGCAACGCAAAAUAUGCCAUAUUCUUUCCAUGUAAAGGUCCACGGUCCCUAACUGAUGAGAUGGCUGGGGGUGAUCUAGAUGGCGAUAGGUAUUUCGUUUCAAAAAACCCUCAGUUAUUGCAUUAUUUUAAGGAUAGUGAACGUUGGACUCCUAGUUCUUCAACCCUCAAUGUCAAUGUCUCUGGUAAAAUGCCAAGUGAACUUUCAGAUCGUGAGUUGGAGGUUGAGCUGUUCAAGCUGUUCUUGAGAAUUAGGUUUCAUCCGAGUUUCAGUGCUGGUGUGGCGGCUUAUAGCUGGAUGGCCAUCAUGGAUCGGUUCCUUUCACUUCAAGAUAAUGGCUUUGGUGAGAAAGCUGCCAUGAAGAAAAAUAUGCUUCGCUUAAUUAAUAUUUACUAUGAUGCUUUGGAUGCACCAAAACGAGGUGAAAUAGAGAUUGAAGUUCCAAAAGAACUGAAGGCAGAUGUAUUCCCACAUCAUAUGGGGAAAACGGAUUCUUUCAAAUCUACAUCCAUCUUGGGAAGAAUCUUUGAUCAGGUGGGAUCACACAGGGAAGAAGAAUCCUCAAAGAAAGAAGUUCAGAAACUUCCCUGUUUCGAGGUUUAUACUCCAGAAGUAGAAGCAUUCAAAAUGAAGUGGAACGAACUUUAUAAGCAGUAUCGGGAAGAUAUGAGUAAUGCUUUGCAGUUUAAUGUUGAACGAGAUCAGAAGCAGGAGGCUGCUGAUUUGGUUAUUAGCAAAUAUAAGCAGAUACUAUAUGAUGCUGCUGAGUUUGAACAAAGUGAAAGGCCUUUGAAGGACAUCUAUGAUGAGGCCUUAGCCAUUUAUAAUGUUGUAUAUGACUAUGUUAUUGAAUGUAUCGAAAAGGACCGUGCUACUGAUGAUGGAGACGUUGGUGCUGCUCAAAGUAACAAUAGAGAUCAUGUUGGAAAAUGCGCGUUUGUGUGGAAAGUUGCUGGUCCAGCAUUAUGCAAAUUCUACGCCACUGAAUUGGGUGAAAAACCCAUAUGUUGUGUACCCUCGGUUCUAAAGGAGCUUUUCAGUUGAGGAAGUUGUCUGUUGUUGUAUGUUAUGAUGCACAGUUUGGUGUUAAAAGAAAAUGUACAUAUUAUGAAAGGAAAGCCACAAGUACUGAUGCUGUGCAGAAAUCAAGCAAGGAAAACAGGUAAAAUCAAGUGAGGCAGUAACUCAAGCUGAGGGUCACUGUAGCAGUAACGUUAACAUUCAGCAACCUUUGGCUAAACCAUACAAUCUAAAACUUGUAUCUGUAUAUACAUGUAUUGCUCUAACUAAUGAACUACUGUAUCUGUCUCAAUUGAAUACUACCAGUAUUGUUUUCAGCUUCUUUGCUCUUUAAAACUCCUCACACACACACAUAUAAAAUUUUCAGAAAGUG